AUGCAGAAUUCCAAGAUUUCAAUUUUAAGUUAACAACUUAACUGUUAACAGUUAACUUUGUAAGUUUUUUUACUUCUUUUGAGUUUUUCUCUGAUUAUUUCAGCCGCCCCAACUUUCGUAAGGUAUAAAUAAACGUGAUCCUGUUGUCACUUUUGUACCUAGGAGUGGCUGAAAGAAUUUUCAGCAGCAACGUUCAAAGUCAGGCAAACUGGCCGAAACUGCGUUUGCCAUCAAUCUUUCCGUGAUAUUGACACUCGGUCAUUAUUUUCUUCUCCUUCUUCUUUGUUUGUAUCUCUACUUCCGCAAAGAUAAACAGAUGGACGAAGAGGAUAUCCAUCAGCGGCAUCGGAGGGAGCUGAAGGACCUCCAGACCAAAUGUACAACGCUGAAGAAAUCAGCACCCGUUUCCGACAAGAAACGUCGCAAAGAAGUUCUCGGGGAGAUCGCCGCCCUCGAAAAAGAGCUCCAGGAGCGUCAUGAGCGCGAACUCGCGGAAUUCCAACCCAAGGCUACCCUUCCAACCGAGCCCCACACUGAUGGGGACGCCUCCGUGGAUGAGUUGAGCGGAGAGACAGCGAACCUGGAGAUAACGCCUGCGGAGGUCGCCGAGGUCCCGGACGGAUCUCCCGUGCAUUCCGACAACGAAACCGCCACGGAACCCGGAAAAAAAGCCACCCGCGCGCAACGGCGUCGCCAGAACAAGCAAGCCAAACAAGCCGAGCUGAAAAAGUCCCUGAAACCCGACGACACCGGUCCCAUCCAGGUGUCAGCGCGCACCAUGGAAAAAAUCAAAUUAAAAAAGAUCCUGGAUGAGAACGGGCUGCGCGUGGUGGAUAUGCCAGCGGAUGGCAAUUGCCUGUAUUUUUCCCUCGUCCACCAACUGAAACUGCACGGUGUGGAGAAGACCGUGAAGAGUCUGCGGGAGAUGGCGGGCGGUUUCAUGCGAGCACAUCGCGAUGAAUUCCAACCUUUCGUCCAUGAGGAUUUCGAUGAGUACUGCCGGGAGGUGGUGGAGACCAACGCCUGGGGCAGCCAGGUGGAGCUGCGCGCCCUCUCGGCCGGUCUGCAGCGGCCGAUUCGGGUGCUGCAGGCGGAGGGACCGGAAGUGUUUAUCGGUGAAGAAUAUCAAAAGGAAGCGGUGCUGCCGUUGACUGUCGUCUUCCACCGGCAUGAAUUAAGUCUCGGGGAGCAUUAUAAUUCCGUGAUUCCCAAGGAUGAGUGAAGCGUGGAAGACACUCAGGCGUUUUAAGUCCGUUUAUACGUGAUUCUUUGAUUUGUUAGAUUUUUGUUUUAAAAAUAUGUGAUGUUGGGCACUUCUCAGUUUUCCGUGCGGAAAUGUUUUACCACAACCAGUUGUCAGUUCUAGUAACUCCAGUUUCGCAUUGUUGUAUCGCUGCGACAUUUAUCGCAGUUGGUGUA